AAGCAAGGCAGGGGCACCACGUGUGUAGCACAACUCAACAUUUCAACAUUUACAGGCCCAACUACUGAUUUCAUUUCACCAGCGUCCAUGUAAAUCCGGAAAAACUACGAAAAUCCCAUAAGCGCCAAGAAACGAUUAUGAUUACUCUCACCCUUCGCAAUCAUUGAUUUUAUUCCUUAAUUUGGGGAAAGUGUAAGAAGUUUGUUACAUAGGGAGCAAGACGGAGAAUAGGGGGUUACGGUUUUGAAUUGAGAGUGUUGAAGUGGUAAUUGUGGGAUUGAGGAUGACGGAGGUGAUCCUCCAUGUAUAUGAUGUGACGAAUAGCGGUUCUGAUAAGACCAAUAAUACAAUUAUGCAGAUCAAUAAGAUCUUCAAGGACGGUAUUGGUGUCGGUGGCAUCUUCCACAGCGCCGUUCAGAUUUAUGGAGAUGACGAAUGGUCCUUUGGGUACUGUGAGCAAGGUACUGGAAUUUUUAGCUGCCCAUCUACAAAGAAUCCAAUGUAUACAUUCCGUGAAAGCAUCAAACUUGGAGAAACUACCUUAUCUAUUUUCAAGGUUGAUCAGAUCCUGAGGGAACUUAGUAGAGAGUGGCCUGGACACUCUUAUGAUUUGUUAUCAAAAAAUUGCAAUCAUUUCUGUGAUGACUUUUGUGAAAGUCUUGGUGUGCUAAAGCUUCCUGGUUGGGUGAACAGGUUUGCACAUGCUGGUGAUUCUGCUGUUGAAAUAGCAGAAAGCACAGCUUAUCGAUUUAGGCAAGCUAAAACUGAGAUUGUAACUGCUAGCAGAGUGGCGUAUCAGUUUCUUGCAGGAGUUGCUUCCAACAAUUCACUUCUGAAUGCAGAGUCCGAGAAUAGAGGAAGAUCUCCUAGAUUCCAAGCUAGUUGGUUCAAGAACCUUAUUUCUUCUGGUGCUAAACCAUCAACUAGUUCAGAAAUGGAAAAUCAGGAUGAGGAGAUGACUCAGCAGCAGCAGCGACUGGAUGCAGAAGCACUGCUGAGGCAGAACUCGCGACGUAUUAUCUGAUGAUAUUGUUUUGUUUUCCCACUUGUCCUGUGCACACUAUCGGGGCAUGCUAAAGCUUAGGAAAUUUAUUUGUUGUAGACGUUUGGGUUGGCGUAAAAUGUUGAAUUCCCUUAUUCACUGUGAAAAGAAAGUGCAGAAUUAACAUUUCAAAACAUGUCACUGUUACAGUA